CGCCACGGAGGGAGCCGACAGCAACCCCCCCAGCGAGGCCGAAGAGGAACCCGAGGCUAAGGCUGGAUUUGCUUCCGCUGUGGACACUGCCUUCACCGAUGUAUCCAAGGCCAUCGAAGCUGCUGCAGACUUUGGUCGGAGUUUAGAGUCCCGGAUGGCGACCGGAUGGCAACAGAUGGCGGAAGGAGGCCUGAGCUUCAACCUGUCGGCGGUGCAGGGGAAGGCCUCCGCGGGCGCCAAGACGGUGGGUUCGUUCUUCUCGUCCGCGUUCAGCAAGGCCGGCGCCAGCGUCAAGGAAGCCAGCAGCAAGAUCAAGGAGAGCGUCGAGAAAAACACGUUGCUGAGUGAGUUCAACAAGGAGCAGGAGGCGUUCAUCAAGGCCAAGGGCGGCAAGGGCGGCGAGGCGCUGCCCCCAUGGGUGGGCUACCCUGACGAGGAGGGCCUCAAGGAGGAGAUCCUCGCUCUGUACCGUCGUAACUUUGUGCGCAGCCCUCCUACUGGUGUGAGCUUUGAGUUUGAGCUGGAGGCCUUCCUGCCUGUUGCCCAGGCUACUCUUGCCGCUGACCCCAACCUGGAGAAGAUGCGCUUUGAGUUGGUGCCCAAGACCAUCAACGAAGAGACCUUCUGGAGGAACUACUUCUACCGUGUGGGUCUCAUCAGGCAGAGUACAGAGCUCUCUUCGCUGGAGAGGGAAGGAGUUGAUGCAGCCAACAAGACCACAGCCGAUGGAGAGAGGGGUUCAAAGGGUAAGGAUGAUGACGUAGACCACCCUGAUAGUCCCAGUCACGGAGGAGAGAGCGAGUUUGUCUCAGACUCCUUCCAGCCAUCUUCGAAGGAUCUGGAGGAGGUCAAGCGAGGGAUUUCCAACCUUACCAAACCCUCCGAUCGACCAAUCUACCGGUCCACACGUUAUAGCUUUUCUGAUGAUCUUGAUGAUGAAGAGGAGGACUGGGAGAAGGAACUCCGGGAUGAACUAGGGGCGGAGCUGGGCGAGUACGAAGUGGUUGGCGGUGGAGGAAAGGACAACGAAAAAUGGGAAGAGGAGAUUCAGAACAUGAUUGACGACGAGGACUCCAGUGACCUGCGAUAAUCUCCAACCGAAAUCUCCUAAUGAUUUGUUUUUUAUAUUCUGUGACCUAGACUUUGUAAGGAUGUGUUGAUACUUGGAAGAGAAGACUAAGUCAGCAGGAACGUUUGUGAUCCAUUUAGUACACUGCAGGAUGACAUGAUUUUUUACCAUGAGAACCGGAGACUUAGCUUUAGUUACCAUCAGUCAGUUGUAUCUUUCAUGAGAAAACACUAUUGCGCUCCACCAUUUACAAAUGUAUAGAAUAUUUAAUAUUUAAGAAAAAAAAAAUGUUUAUGAAAAUACUUACUUCAGUGCUGUUAUCUUGAGCUGUAUCAUGUCUCAUAAGAAAAGGAAUUGCCUUGUGAUUAUAAAAGGGACAGCAACCUUUCCAGAAUGUAUUUUAUUCUUGCCAGUGUAUAAGAAAAUUUUAGUUGCCAGUUUUUAACUUUUUAUCUCCUGAUCCUUCACUGAACCAUAAGACAGAUACAGCAUUUUCUACCGCCAUCUAUGCCUACACCUCUCCCUCUCAUGACACAAUCUGGUAUUACCACAAAACAUCCAUUUAAGAUCACCCCUUACCCUGGAAAAAGGUAUAUUUUCACAACAGAGAGUGUCAGCAAUGCUAUCAGAGAGUGGGACCCUCUCCAUAAGACUUGUGUUCCCCAAGAAGUAGAGUCAGUAAAUGGGGCUUUGACAGCAGCUAAGGAUCCCGAUACCUCCUCUGUCUCGCUGGUUUAAUGCAGAGCCAGACGGCCAGCACACACAGCACCCAUGAGCACGAAUGUCCAGGUGGUGUGGCUCUGUCAACACUGGACCUAAAAACCAGAGAGAUGGAGGGCAAGGUAACGGAAGAAGUUGCAUGCCAUUCUUGUGAGUUGAUGAUUAGACAGGGGAUAAAAAGGCAAGGGAAUAGCCAGUCAGUAGACUUUCAAAUGGAUCAGAUUUUAUGUGGGCUUUUAGAGGAAGCUGUCUGCAGUGUGGAGAUGAUUUACUAGCUUUGAGUUUGAGAUACAUAUAGAUAAAGAUACUGUAUGAGAAAAGUGAGCUGAAGGACUGCAGUAUUGACCAACAUUUAAAGUGGUUAUCUUGUCAUGACUUAGAUUUUCUUUAAGAUGUUUAAUACUAGUAAAGAGAUCAACCAGACAUGGAUAGAGAAUCAAGUAAAACCUGUGAAGGGAAAUGCAAGAAACAUAUACUUACAUUUCCACAUCAUGACGUCCACUCAUCACUAACCACAGGGUGUUGUGGCCAGAGAUUUCUAUGUAGAUGGCAUACAAUAGAGAAAUUUUCGUUUUCUGCUUAGUAAAUUUGUCUUUCAUUGCAAUAAUAUGAACAGGUGUCUGCUUCCAUCAUUCAUAAAAUGUUUCCGAUCACUUUAAUAAUAUUCACAUUUGUAAUUAUGUGUCAUAUAGGGUAAAUAAUCAGUUUUCAACUUGAUGCAAAUAGAUGUGUGACAUUUUACACAAAUAUGAAUAUGAAUCCAUUUAAAGCGUUUAUUAUUAAUGAGAUACCUUGACAGUGUCUAGAGAAGUUAGUAACAGUGGUUGCAACCUCGAUAUUUGAAGCACGUAAAAUGAGGCAGUCACAUUCGAAGUGACUUUAUUCGUAGACGAGAGAGGAUAUCACAAGAUACCGUAGGAUCCAGAUGUACAAGAGUGAGAUAGUAUUGUGCAAAAUAACAAUGACGAUGAUUCAUUUGAUUUUUACUUUCCUUUUGCUGUGUUGACUGGGGUUGCUUGUGUCCCGCAUAAUCCCUCCUCCAAGUACAGAUGCCAUUCAUUGCAGUUUCACUCUCCCGGAGAUCAGCUCUCUAAUCUAGAGGUGGCUCUGGAAACAGACAGCCGAGAAAGUGAACCACAUAACGGCCAUAAACACAAAAACACAAACACAUACCAGUUUCCGUGUGAUUAGCCCGCAAAGCCAGUCAUCUUGCACAUUGUUUUCUGGAGAUUAUGUAGCCAGUUUGUUCCAUAGUUUGAUUUUAUGGAGGAAGAAUACUUAAUAGUAAGAGUG